AUGUUUUUCAUUCGCGCCCCAGCGAUCCUGCGCGCUGGAGACUCCGUGCGAGAGCUGGCCAAGGUGGUGCACCCUUCCAUAACUUCAGGCCCCGGAGCCGAAGGUGUGACGGUUGCAGCAGAAUCUGAUCAAAUCCUUGUGACCACCUUCCAUCCCGAGCUCACAAACGACCACCGUAUCCAUCAGUACUUUGUGGAGAAGUCCUCGAGGAGCCAUGCGCUCUUCAUUCUGCGGAUCACCUUUCCCAUCAAGGAUGAGUCACGGACACGCAUCAGAAAUAGCACCUUGAAUCUCAUCGACCUUGCUGGAAGUGAGAGAGUGAAGAAGAGUGGAGCAGCAGGCCAGAGAAUGCGAGAGGGACAAAAUAUCAACAGUUCCUUGAGCGUCCUUGGGCAAGUCAUUUCCAAGUUGGCACAGGGAAAGUUCAAGCAUGUACCUUUCAGGCAGAGCAAGCUGACAUACCUCCUGACAGACGCUCUAAAUGGAAACAGCAAGACUCACAUGGUGGCAGCUAUUUCCCCGGCACUCUCCGAAAUGGAGGAAACCUUGGGAACCCUGCGAUUCGCUUCUUCAGUAAAGAAGGUACGAACGCAUGCCGUGAGCAAUGAGCAGGAAAUCGGAGAAAGUGACCUCUUGCUUCAGACAAUGCGCUCAGAGGCGGAGGAACUGAAAGCGGCUGCGCUGAAAGCAAAGGAGGAAAGCCCACAGCAGGCUCGGCGCUACAUGAAGAGCGCAGAAGCUGUGGAACAUGCUGUCCUUAGCAUCCAAACCAGGAUUGACAAGACCAUGUGGUCACAGGCCCAGCUAGCUCAGCAGGAGGCAUCGCGCCUCCGAAACGAGGCAUUGGCAGGGCUCAGUCUUCCUUUCAAUAUUGGUGGGAUGCUGGGAGGUCAAUCCGAGCACGCUGUGACUGCAAAUUCGCCAUACCUUCUCAACAUCUCUGACGACAUUUCUUUGGCUGGGAGGCUGCUGUACUUCCUACCUGAGGGUCCACCCAUCAGUAUUGGAUCCGAGGAGAACAAUCGAAUCAGAUUGAUGGGUUUGGGCAUUCCAGACCAUCUUUGUGAUAUUUCUGUCGUCGCAGGUGGCAAGGGCGUGGAGGUGCAGCAUUCCGGCCGUGGUGGCAGAUUGAUUGUGGAUGGCGUUGCAGUCUCUGACAAUCAGGCCAUCGCUCUCUACAACGGUGCCCGCAUCAUUUUCGGCCGCGCCUUCGCCUUCCGCUUGGUCAUCCCCUUGGCUUCUCAGGGCGGUGGUCCCGGUGGCCGUGGCAUGGAAGAUGAGGACCUCCUGAUGCGAGCAGCAGCAUUGCCCAGCCCCUUUCCAGCUUGCGAGGGUGACACCCUGCAGCGGCUUCGUUUGCUCAUUGAAACCUCAGUGGCACCGGUGCUUGGUGAAACAGAGUGUGCAGAGAUCAUGAGAGGAGCUGGUGAGGUUCACAACGAUGUGGAUGAGGGGUGGAUGGGGCUGGGACAUGAGAGCUCCUUCAAGGCCAAUGAGCUGUUGAAAGAGAUUGAGCAGACUCCUCUCCAGGCAAGCGCGUUCUAUGAGUCUGCAUCAAGUCGUGUGUGUAGGGCAAAGGAAAUUGGAACAUUCCCAAUGCUCCGGUUUUCUUUGCAUGAAUACUUUCCUACAAGACCUGGUCCUCAAAGUAAGUUCAGGCUUUGUAUUCUCUAUGAGCAUUGA